AUGCUGAGAAGCAUCAAGAAGAUGGCGAUCAGCGGAUUUGGAGCGAAUAGCUCCGAUAAGCGUGAGUUUCUUCUUCUCUUUUCGGACUUUCUACUAUUGGCUCCAACCUUCUCGACCCUUUUAAUUAGGGCUUUCAAGGCGGUUGGUGUCAAUAGCAAUGGAAAAAGACUUGUUCUUUACCCACCUCAUAUCAUUUUUGUUUGUAUUUUCGAUUAGGUCUAGUGCGGCGAACACCUGACCACUGUUUGUUAUUGUUUUUGGAAAAAGAGGUUGAUAACAGUAGUAUUAGGGCAUAAUGAAUAUAAACAUGAAACGUGAUGGGGAUUUUUCGAUGUUUGACAUUGCCACCGAUCCAUCAUCCUAGUGAAUUAGCUGGCUUGGCUCCAAGCCCGGAUGAAAAGAGCAUCACAUGGUGGGCGGUCGUUGAUUGACAAGCUCAUCCCCGAUGUAGGAGAUCGUAUCUGAGCCGGCUGGCCAAAGUUCGAAGACCGACGUCGCGAUUUUAAUUAAACCAAAAAGCCGAAAGAUUUUAUCUCAAGGUUGAAGCCUCAGCUUAAGCUUCAGCUCGAAGUAUUUCGAUAUUGCUAUCAAUUUUCCCAAUUUAAGUCCCACUAGAAGCUUUGAAUCGAAAAAAGACUUGCCUGCUCAAAGUUCGACGCGAUUUAGCCGCACCAGAAGCUGUAGGGAAUCUAGUUCAGACCGAGGCGCGCGCCCAAGCAAAAAGAAGCGGUUUUUACACGUCAUAAUCGGUGGUCGCAAGACGAAGUGGCCUACAAAAGUUGUUGACAGACUGUCUUUGAUUGUCUCUGUGUUUUGGAAUGUUGUAGGUGAACUAUGACUAGGCCAGAACUUUGAAGCGAAAAUAGAAGAAGAAAAAAACGAAAAUCUGUCUCUUUCGUGACUUUUUCUCGGAACUUCUAAGAAUAGCGAACUCUCAGUUAGCCUUUUUUCAAGUUUGUCUCGAAAAAGAGAAAGAAGAAAGUUUCAGCACUCAAAAAUAGUCGAAAAAUAGAAGAUUGCCCGAAGAAAGGCCAAACUUAAUUAUCCCUUUUGCCAGCCGGAACUGACAUCAUUCUCUUCCUUUGGCCAGAACGAUUAAGCCCAGUUACGUCACUUCUUCUCUCCUUUUUUUUGGCGCCAAAUUUCGAAAAUCCCAUCCGCGCAGCCAGUCAGCCGACCGAAACCGGAUUCCUCAACAGCUGGCUGCUGGAAUAUUUCACAACAGCGCGACUGAAGAUUCGCGAAGCAUGUGACCUGGGGCGGUGACAAUUCAUUCCUCCGACCAAACAUCGGUUCCUCCAUUGUUCCCAUACUAAUGGCCAAAAAAGCAGUGCAAACCAAACUAGAAAACUUGCACCUACUGAAUAAGUUCAGCCAAGGAAACUUUUCCUCUUUCCGAGCACGUGGGUCUCAGAAAUGCGUGACUUUUUGGUUGAAUAACUCAUUCAGUUUACUUCUCCUAUUAGACUUUUCUAAAGGUAGCGGUGAAUGAAAAAUUGAAGAGGAAAAAAAAGGGAAAAGGAAGACCAAACUUUGGAGUGCCCUUUUCUGCAUAAAUUUCGCCGACUUCUCUCUUUUCUCGAAACACGUGGGCAUGGGAGCUUCAACUUGAAAGAAAAAACUGAAUUUUUGAAAAAAAAAAGUUUCAUGAACAUUUUAAUAAAAAGGAUAUUUUCAGCGAACGACUACGCGCAGUUCAAGCUCAAGUACAAGUUGGGCGCCGAAUUGGGCCAUGGCGGCUUCGGAACCGUCUACGGAGGCUUCAGACGUGAGGAUGGCAUGCAGGUCGCCUGCAAGUUUGUCGCCCGCAACAAUAUCACCGCUUUCCAACAGGUUUGUUUUGAAAAAAAUCGAAAAUUCUUCUUUUUGAGCGUCUAAUUGGACUAGAAAGCUUGAAAAAAAAUAAAGAAAAAUUUGAAAUUGAGUAUUUUCAGUGCGAAGGCCGUGAAGUCCCGAUGGAGAUCGUGCUCCUGCAGAAAUGCCUUCCAGUUCCUGGCGUCAUCAAGACCCUCGACUGGUACGAACGCUACGACGGCUACAUGAUCGUGAUGGAGCGUCCGACACGAAGCACCGAUCUUUUCGACUACAUCACUGAGAACGGCCCAAUCAAGGAGCCGGUGGCUCGCGAGCUGUUCUGCCAGAUCCUGGAGACGGUUAUGUCGUGCCACGAGGCCGGCGUCCUCCAUCGCGACAUCAAGGACGAGAACAUCGUCAUCGACAGACGCACUGGAGCCGUCAAGCUCAUCGACUUCGGCUCCGGCGCCUUCGUCCGCGAGAGCGAGUACACCGACUUUGAAGGUUUGUUUCUUGAUCUUUUCCCUUUCAUCAUAGUCUACUUCAUUAGUUGGUUGUGUUUUCCGAUCAGGCGAUUCUUAUCAACAGCACUUUCUUACCAUUUUCUCAGCUUGUCAGCAAUUUUUUUUUCCUUCUUCUCGCGGAAAUCUGAUCGUUCUUAUCACUUCAUAAGGUCGUUAAAUUUGUCGAUUCUUGAACCGAACGAAGAAUUUUUCGCUGACGGCGCUCGACGUGUCGUUGGAAAGUUUGACGUAGGCUGAUAACCGCCGUGGCACCUCUGAGGACUAUAGACUACACAGGCGACAUUUCCGACCAAGUCUGAGGAUGAUCUGCGGAAAAUUGACCGUUAUCUGCAAAGGACGGCGCCGACGAAGAAUUUGACCUCGUUUCGCCCAAACUUCUAGGACCUACUGGAAGUCUCAGGAGUUGCUUCCGUGAACUCAGAGAAGCUAAUCCAAUAAUCGGACAUGGUUCCGUCCAAAGUUUGCUCUUGCCGCAUCUCACUUGUGACGUGCAUUCCUUUCUCGAAGAAGGAGAAGAAGAAGGUCCUUCUCCUCCUCGUGCUCUCUCGUCGUAUUUGCUCAGAGCUCUGGCAAAUGGCCAAGAGAGCCAGAGCGAGAGUGCUGGAUACGCAGCAAGCAAGUGUGGGGUAGCCGAGAUCUUGGCACUGCGCCAAAUGUGUGUCUCCGCCUCCCAUCCGUUCUCGUUUGCGCGCGUUUUCUAUAGCCACUUGCGCCAGAAUGGCCAGGGACUCGUGCUGCAUUGGAGUGACCUCGGAUCGGAGGAGGAGGAUCAACCAGCUCCACGUGACUGACCUGAUGGGGACGCGCGCGGGAGAAAGACUACUAGGUCACAUCGGAACCGGUAAACAACCUGAGCCGGUAGGUCUAGGUGUUGGCGAGCCGUUUUGCUAAUCUUCUAAGUGGCUCGGGAAGGAUUCAAGUUACAUCCAAGAGAAGCGCGAUUAUCGCUUCUCGGCUGGUUGGUUCGAUGGUCAACCACAGCAGAUGAGAUGCGCUAGAUUUUUGAUCUUUUCCCUUCCGAAAACCAGUAGCUUUUUAUUUUUGACUUUUCUUGGCUUCAAAAUUCUGAGUUUCUUUUUGAUUGAAAGUGAGAUUUUUUUUUUAGUUGAAAUGAGCAAAAAUGACUUUUUUGAGUAAUUUUUUUCAUUUGCCAAAUUUUCAAAUUAAAAAAAUGGCGUAUUUAUUUCGGUAAUUAAAAGGAACAUAUGACAUUUGGCUGUUGCGCAAAUGCGCCAAUACAGUGCGGCAUCCAGCUGGGUCGAGCUCGCCGUGCAGAGAAAAACGACACCCUGAGUUGUUCCAUAUGCUCGCUUGCCAAAGUUUAUGUGAACUUUCGAGAGCCUCUCACGUGGUGACUACUGAAAAUGAGGGUGUGUGCAGGAGGAAGCCGCACAUGAUGGAUUCGUGCUUCAGAUGUGUUGUUUGUAAUCGGAUCAUUUAUUGCACUCGAAACGGAGGCAGCCUUUCCUCCUCCGGCUGAACAAAAAGGGCAACGCUUUCUCGGCUUCAUUUUCUUCGUCUUUUCCUUUUGUUUAGUUGACGGUCACGUGGAAGCCUUUCGAGUGUCCUUUGGUCUUGUUGAAACUUGAAAUUCGACACCAACGUCCUUUUCGGCUUCAAUUUAGCGUCGCUGAACUCUGUUUCAAUGAGGUCCAAUAAUCUUGAAGUUGAGAACAAAAGGUGUGCGGCGAUUUGUUUGAGCUUCGCCGGAAAGACCUCUUAAGGUGGACCGGUUGUUGCAGAAUGCACUUGGCGGCUUUCUGAGCGAAAAAAAAACCUGAGAAUUUGUUCUUUCAUCCGGAAAAGUUAGUCAAAAAGAAGAAGAAGACGUUCUGAAAAGUUGAACUUUGCUCUGACGACGUCUUCUGCACAGCGAGAACAAAAGUGCAUUCCUCUGAGGAAUUUUGCAAAACGCACAGUCAGCCGUUCUGGUCCGCCAGUGCAAACAACUUGACACGUGAGUACACACAGUCGCCGAAAAUGUUGCAUUUUCAUAAGAAUCUCUCCGUCAGAGAGAAUGUGUAUUGGCGUUUUUUAGCCGCCGUCGUGGGAGGUAGAGAAAAAAAGGAGUACGGUUAGAGGGUGGUGCUGGCCUGUGCCAGCCGUCUUUUGUGAUGUUUGGAGUUUUUUUUUUUGUGUCGGCGCUCGCGCAAACGAGUCGUACUUUUUUCCAGCUGUCUUCUAUGAAUCACGACGCACUUUUUGAGCACUUUUUUAAGUAAAAUAAGAAAUCGGCUUAGAAAAGUUGAAAAUGAAUGAUUUUUCCAGGAACUCGCGUCUACAGUCCUCCAGAAUGGAUCCUCGAAGGACGCUACCAUGGAGUUCAAGCCGCAGUUUGGUCUCUCGGAGUUCUUCUCUACGACAUGGUCUGCGGAGAUAUCCCAUACCGUAGCGACUCCGAAAUCAUCAACGGCUACAUCCGUUGGCGCACCAACAUCUCCAGUGGUUCGUUUUUCGUUUCAUCCUACAAUUUCUCAUUUUUCUGCUUCAGAAUGCAAGGAUCUGAUCCAACGCUGCCUGGCUAAACUCGCCGAAGAGCGACCCAACUUCGACGACAUCCUCAACCAUCCAUGGAUGGUCAACGUCCCCGAAGACGAGGAAGUCGUCCGCGCCGAGCUCAACUCUCAGCGCCACAAGCUGGCUUCCGUUCCUGACCGUCUCGUCACUGAAGCCAAGCCUCACCAAGUUCCACGAGUCGCCAUGAACGUCACUCGCAGCGAGACCGACUUCCCGUCUUGCUCUUCAGAGCUUUUCGAAGGAGCUCCUACCAUCUGCAUCAAGCAUCCUGAGGUUUCUAAAAAUUUCCGAUUUCCAAUUUUAAUUUCUGAAUUUCAGAUUGAACCGAGCACCUCGAACCCAAGACUCUACGGAACCUAUCCGAUUGGUUCGCCCCAACGUCGCUACGACUGGCCAAGAAAGACAGCCCAGCCGAUCGUCCUACCCGAGUCGGAGCUGGCCAAGCCGGAAGAGCCGCAGAUCGACGAGCCAGUACUUGAAGAGGCGCCGAUGCAUCUGCGUCCGGCCCCUUGCGAGAAGAUGGUGAUGAAGAAGAAGAAGAAGGAGAUGCCGGCCAAGCGAAUGCAGCAGCGUCACCACGCCAACCAUCCGCCGACCCACGAGUACAAGCCCCAUGCUCACUACCACCAACGCACGGGCAGCCUCGGCAGCGCUGCCAGCUCGGCUGCCUCGUCCUGCUCCCCGUCGGCUCACUCUUCUGGAAGCUCCGGCUACCAGACCGGCGGCCAUCGUUCCUCCGACGAACUUUUCGCCGGCUCCUUCUAA